CAUCACCAAAAUACUCCUUAUUUUGCUCUCUCUUCAGGCAAAAAGCACUGGCAUCCACGGGUGGAAGAAGUGUUCAAGCAGCAUGCGACUGGCUCUUCUCCCAUGUGGGUGACCCAUUCCUCGACGACACCCUGCCCCGGGAGUACGUCCUCUACCUGCGCCCAACCGGCCCCCUGGCUCAGAAGCUCUCCGAGUUCUGGCAGCAGUCAAAGCAGAUCUGUGGGAAGAACAAGGCUCACAACAUUUUCCCACACAUCACCCUUUGUCAGUUCUUCAUGUGUGAGGACAGCAAGGUCGAUGCUCUCACUGAAGCUCUGCAGGCCACCGUGAUGCGGUGGAAAUGCAAAUUCCCUGCCCCUCUGCCUCUGGAGCUCUACACGUCCUCCAACUUCAUUGGGCUUUUUGUCAAGGAAGAAAGUGCUGAGGUGCUCAAGAAGUUUGCUGCAGACUUUGCUGCAGAGGCUGCUUCUAAAGCAGAUGUUCACGUGGAGCCCCACAAGAAGCAGCUCCACGUGACGCUGGCCUAUCACUUCCAGAGCAGCCACCUGCCCACGCUGGAGAAGCUGGCCCAGAACAUCGACGUGAAGCUGGGCUGUGACUGGGUGGCUGCAAUAUUCUCCCGGGACAUCCGCUUCGUCAAUCACGAGACUCUGCAAGUGAUCUAUCCUUACACUCCCCAGAACGACGAUGAACUGGAGCUGGUCCCAGGGGAUUUUAUUUUCAUGUCCCCAGUGGAACAAACCAGUACAAGUGAGGGCUGGAUUUAUGGCAUUUCCCUUGCAACUGGCUGUUCUGGGCUAUUGCCUGAAAAUUACAUCACCAAGGCGGAUGAAUGUGGGACCUGGGUGUUCCAUGGGUCCUACUCAAUUCUGAAUACUACAUCUUCCCCGUCCCUUCAAGGCUUCACUGAUGGCGCUCUGGAAAGAAGACAGCAGGAAGACCAAGGACCUGGAGACACAGGACCUCUCACUAUCAUCUGCCAGAACGUGCAGCCCCUGAGGAUAAGCAGCCAGCCAGGGCCUCAGAAGCGCUGCCUGUUUGUCUGCAGACACGGGGAAAGGAUGGAUGUGGUUUUUGGGAAGUACUGGUUGUCACAGUGUUUUGAUGCCAAAGGGAGGUAUGUGCGCAGCAACCUGAACAUGCCCCACAGCUUACCUCAGAGGAGUGGAGGCUUCAGGGACUACGAGAAGGACGCGCCCAUCACCGUGCUGGGCUGCACCCAGGCCAGGCUCGUCGGUGAAGCCUUGCUAGAAACUAAUACCAUUGUGGACUACAUCUACAGCUCCCCAUCCCUACGGUGUGUGCAGACAGCACACAAUAUCUUGAAAGGUAUGCAACAGGAGAACAACCUGAAAAUCCGAAUAGAGCCAGGACUGUUUGAAUGGACCAAGUGGGUGUCUGGGAGCACACUGCCUGCCUGGAUACCCCCUGUGGAUUUAGCUGCAGCUACUCUAAGCGUUGAUACAACCUACAGACCUCAUAUUCCUGUCAGCAAGUUAGUGGUUUCCGAAUCUUAUGAUUCAUACAUAAGUAGAAGCUACCAAGUAACAAAGGAAAUCAUCAGUGAAUGUAAAGGCAAAGGAAAUAACAUCCUGCUCGUGGCACACGCGUCCUCCCUGGAGGCUUGUACCUGCCAGCUCCAGGGGCUCUCCCCACAGAACUCCAAGGACUUUGUACAGAUGGUCCGAAAGAUUCCAUACUUGGGGUUUUGUUCAUGCGAAGAACUGGGAGACACGGGUGUUUGGCAGCUUACAGAUCCCCCCAUCCUCCCUCUCACACACGGACCAACUGGAGGCUUUAACUGGAGAGAAACCUUACUACAAGAAUAG